AUGUUCCGCAUAACCGCCAGACGCUUCGCAGCCGCCGCCGUCGCGGCGGCCGAGCCAGCAGCCCACACGCUCAAGGUCUCGCAGGCCCAGGGCGUUGCUCACGGGCUCACCGCUGCCAUCGGCAACACGCCCCUCAUUCGCCUGAACCGUCUCUCCGAGGAGACGGGGUGCGAGAUCCUCGGCAAGGCCGAGUUUAUGAACCCGGGCGGGUCGAUCAAGGACCGGGCGGCGCUGUACGUGGUCAAGGACGCCGAGGAGCGGGGCCUUUUGCGCGCGGGCGGCACCGUCGUCGAGGGCACGGCGGGCAACACGGGCAUCGGGCUCGCGCACGUGUGCCGCUCGCGCGGCUACCGCCUCGUCAUCUACAUGCCCAACACGCAGUCGCAGGGCAAGAUUGACCUGCUGCGGCUGCUCGGCGCCGAGGUGCACCCCGUGCCCGCCGUCGCGUUCGACAACCCGGACAACUACAACCACCAGGCGCGCCGCCACGCCGAGCGCCUCGACAACGCCGUCUGGACCAACCAGUUCGACAACACGGCCAACCGCCGCGCGCACAUUGAAACGACGGGCCCGGAGAUUUGGGCGCAGACGGCCGGCGCCGUCGACGCCUUUACGUGCGCCACCGGCACCGCGGGCACGCUCGCCGGCGUCACGCGCUACCUCAAGGACGUGUCGGGCGGCAAGGUCCGCAGCUUCCUGGCCGACCCCCCGGGCAGCGUCCUGCACUCGUACAUUGCGUCGGGCGGCAAGCUGGUGGAGCGCAGCGGGUCCAGCAUCACCGAGGGCAUCGGCCAGGGCCGCGUCACGGACAACCUGCAGCCCGACAUUGGCCUCAUGGAUGGCUCGCUGACCAUCUCGGACGAGAAGAGCAUCGAGAUGGUGUACCGCUGUCUCGACGAGGAGGGUCUGUACCUCGGCGCCAGUUCGGCCCUCAACGUCGUCGCGGCCAAGGAGGUUGCGGAGAAGCUGGGCCGCGGCCACACGGUCGUCACUGUUCUCUGCGACGGCGCGUACCGAUAUGCCGACAGGCUCUUCUCCCGCAAGUGGCUCACGGACAAGAAGCUGAUUGGUGCCAUCCCCAAGCACCUCGAAAGGUACAUUGUCUUGCCUUGA